GUGGUGCAAGGAUUGUGUGUCUAGAAUGGCGUCACACAAGACUUUCAGGAUUAAACGCUUCUUGGCCAAGAAGCAGAAGCAGAACAGGCCGAUCCCUCAGUGGAUCCGCAUGAAAACUGGCAACAAGAUCAGGUACAACUCCAAGCGCAGACACUGGAGGAGGACAAAGCUCGGCUUGUAAGCUCAGUACUCGUCCCUUCAGCUUUGAUUACAUCUGCACUCUGCAAGCUUCACCACCUCUGCCCUGAUAGUUGGAGAUAUCAUCUGAUCAGAAAUCUCUUUUGUACAGAUACUCUGAAAAUGCCCUUGGUGAACAAUAAAUGAUCACACCAUG